AAGUCUUCUCCCUGAAAAAAAAAACAACAACCCUGAAUUAUAUUUGCAUGGACAGUGAAAUUAGGUCCAAACAGAUAUACUGGUGCAUUACGUGCUGAUAUCCUUAAUACUUGCAAAGGCACCACGUUAAUGUUCAUGUAUAAGUACGGUCUGAACAUGAACAGCAGCAGCUGCAGCAUAGAGCGUCUUAAACCAUCUUACCUUCGUAUCUCUUUGGUCCACCACUGGACACCCAUAGAAGUUAUUAAAUGCCAUUAAUCUAACAGAGUUUUUUGUUCCUGAUUGUGAUCUCGCCUUUUUUUGUACAUUGCUGGAAAUGGGGAGCUCUCUUGGUUGUGUAAAGCAGCCUAGAGACAUAGGACCAGGUGGUGCGCACCCUCUGUCCCCCAAGAGGAAACUUCGUUUCAGGCGAAAGCGCAAAGGGAAAAAGGCACAGAAAGGUGUUGAAGCAGAGGCUGAGAAGAAAAUUGAACUCGGAAAGUUUAGCCUUACAGGGGAGGUCGUUGGAGGUCCCGCAGACGAUGCUUCUAACAAGCUAGCAUCUAGCAAAUCAUUGACUGAAACUCCUACCCAGGUAGUUCUAGUUCCUGGUGUAGCGCCUAUCUUGGGCAGCACAGGGACACUGCGAGGGAGCAGGGUGGCCAUUUUAUCUCCCGCUCCUAGCCCAGCAUGGACUGGAGCAGUCUAUCAAGGGUCAGAUGAAAAGCCUACCGAGCAAUUCAAAACUAAGGAUGAGCAUGGCAGCAUGACGCCUGGAGGAGGUAGAGUCUGCCGGGUUCAAGGUCGAGUUCAGGGUAUUCUUGAGAGACCCUGUAUUUUAAGUGCCAAAAGUGGGGAGUUGGGCCCGGAGGACAAAGACAAGGGUAGUCCAAGCGAGUUGUUGGUUGAUGAUGCAUCAGAAAAGGACCAGAAGGGAAUCGUUCACAUUCGCGAGGUCGAUGGCAGGCUCUGCGUGGUCCGUACUGUCUACCCAAGAGAUUACGGCUCACCUUUGUGGCACAACCGGGGAGUUGAAGUGCACUCAGAGCCACCUGCUGCAUCUCCUGUUAUUGGUGGCAUUCAGAAAGUACAAAUGCAGGAUGAAAGAAGAAAACCAUCCACAGACACCGGCGUCACCAGUCCAACAAUCGCUGUUGGUCAACCAGAGAAAGGAUUCAUGUUGGACAGUCAUACACAGGGUGCAGACAGUACUGGUCCCUUGCAGGAUCCACAUUCCUCAGGUUACGCCAGUGAUGUGCCUAUUACCUCUCCAGACAUAGCGGGGACUGCCCCGACAGAUUGGGGAAGCUCUUCCGAAGUGCUAAACACUUCAAUAUUGGAGAGUCCCAUCUCCCCGCCGGAGAAAUCACCACAACCCCCUUCCAAGAUCUCUGAGAUCUAUGUGAGUGGUGAGUCAGGGGACUUGACAGCCAAGGAGAAGCUUUUGCUCUGGACUCAAAAGGCCACCGAGGGCUACCCUGGCAUUCGCUGCGUCAACUUCUCCUCCAGCUGGAGCGAUGGCCGCAUGUUCAAUGCCCUCCUGCACAGAUACAGGCCAGACUUGAUUGAUAUGGAGCUGGUGGAACGCCAGAGUAACCGUGACAACCUGGAGCAGGCGUUUGAGAUCGCAGAGUCGCUAGGAGUGACACGACUUCUGGAUGCUGAAGAUGUGGACGUACCGUCACCGGAUGAGAAGUCGGUCAUCACCUACGUGUGCUCCAUCUAUGAUGCUUUCCCCAAGAUCCCAGAGGGAGGAGAAGGCAUCACGCCACAAGAGGUUGAACAGAGAUGGGCAGAAUACCAGUCUCAUUUCUCCUCGCUGCUGCUGUGGACAAGGCAGCACACGGCCCUGAUGGCCAACAAAAACUUGCCCCAGAACCCAGUGGAGCUUAAGGCACUUCACAAUGAAUACGACAACUUCAAAAAAACAGAGAUUCCCGCUAAGGAGACGGAGAAGAGGCACGUUUCGCACCUUUACAAGCUGCUGGAGGUAUGGAUCGAGUUUGGGCGCCUCAAACUCCCACAGGGGUUGCACCCUAAUGACCUGGAGGAACAGUGGGGGAAACUGAUCCUGGAGAUGCUGGAGAGAGAGAAGGCACUGCGGCCCGCUGUGGAAAGACUGGAGUUACUUCUACAGAUGGCUAAUAAGAUUCAGAACAUGGCGGUGGACUGUGAGGAGAAACUUACUCUGGCCAAGAACACACUGCAGUCGGACAUGUCUCAGCUGGAGAGAGGCGAGCAAGCACGCUGUGAGCAGGAGCUGGGUGCAUACCUGCAGGACUGCGAGGCUUUGGUCCGCCAAAUGCAGCUGGACCUGCAAAUCCUAAGAGAUGAGAAGUAUUACCAAGUAGAGCAGCUGGCCUUCAGAGUGACGCGUCUGCAGGAGGAGCUGGUCUCCCUGCGACUGCAAUGCUCCAGCGUUUACAGAAAAGGCCAGUUCCUGUCAGGAGGAAUGAUGACAGAGCAAACUCAGAGACUCUCCUCUGGGAGCUUGGCCACGCUUGGAGCCCAGACAUUGCUUGGGGCGGCAGGCGUCAUCGCGAGCCAGCUCAGACGUCCCAUGUCUCGCUCCGAGCUGGUGGCCAUGUCGUCAUCGGAGGACGAGGGAAGCUUGCGGUUUAUUUACGAGCUUCUUGGAUGGGUGGAGGCAACACAGGAGCUUUUAGAGCGUGCUGAGUGGGGUACCGACCUGCCAUCUGUAGAUCAGCACCUGCAGGAUCACCACACUAUCCACACUGCCGUGGAAGACCUGCUGCACAGCCUAAAGGAGGCUCGUAGUUAUGAGCCAAGCGUCUCUUCCAAUUUCCGAAGCAGUUACUCUGAAACCUUGGCCAAGCUGGAGAACCAGUACUGCAAGCUGCUUGAGUGUUCGUCAUGGCGACUGCGUUGCCUGGAGAGCUUACGAGCGUUUGUGUCACAAUGCACUGAAGAGCUUAUCUGGCUCAACGAGAAGGAAGAGGAGGAGCUGGCCUUCGACUGGAGCGAGAACAACACCAACAUGGCUGCAAAGAGAGAACAGUAUGCUGAAUUGAGGGCAGAGCUCGAGGAAAAGCAGGAAGUGAUGCACUCUCUACAGGAAACAGCUGACCAGCUAUGCCAGGAGAACCACCCAGCCAAGCAAACUGUAGAGGCCUACAGAGCUGCACUGCAGACACAGUGGCAGUGGGUUGGACAGCUGUGUUUAUGCGUGGAGCAACAUCUCAAGGACAACACUGCCUAUUUCCAGUUCAUGAGUGAUGCUCGAGAAUGUGAGACGUACUUGCGACAGCUUCAGGACACCAUUAAGCGUCAGUACACAUGUGACCAAAACAGCCGACUAGGCAAACUGGAGGACCUCCUGCAGGACUCCAUGGAGGAGAAGGAGCAGCUGAUUAAGUAUCGUAGUUCGGUAGCCAGCCUGGUAGGACGGGCCAAGACUGUGGUCCAGCUCCUUCCGCGUAGUGCCGACUACCUUUUGAGUACCACCACACCCAUCCGUGGCAUCUGUGACUACAAACAAAUAGAGAUCACGGUCAAUAAAGGAGAAGAGUGUGUGUUAGAGGAUAACUCGCAGAGGACAAAGUGGAAGAUCAUUAGUCCGACAGGAAAUGAGGCCAUGGUGCCAUCGGUGUGCUUCACAGUUCCGCCACCCAACCAGGAGGCUAUUGACACUGCCAGCAGAACGGAGCAGCUGUACCAGAACGUGAUGUCUUUAUGGCACCAGCUGCACAUGAAUAUGAAGAGUGUGGUGUCCUGGCACUAUCUGCAGAAGGACAUCAGCAACAUCUCUUCCUGGUCUUUGGACACUAUGCGCCUCCAGUCUCCGUCUGAAAGACAGCAGGCUCUGGAUCACCUGGAUGCCCACCUAGCUGAUUUCCUGGAGGACAGCCAAGAGAGUGCCUUGUUUACGGCGGCCGAGAGGCGCGAGCUCGAGCAGCGUGCUCAGAACUGCCACGAGCACUGCCAAGCACUACUGAUCUCCUUGGAGACGGUGGAGAAGGAUGAGUCGGUAUCGCGCUCCUACCUUUCCGAGCUGCAGAGCAUAAAGUCCCACCUGCAGGAGGCAGAGCAGAAGCUGAUGAGUGGCAUGCAGACUCCGCCAUCUAGUGGGCUGUCAGGGGAAGGUGCAGGUGCAGCCGUUCAUAUCGCAGAGCAGGAGAAGCUGCAACAGCAUCUGAAAAAUCUGCAGUCAGACCUGGGUGACGUGUCUCGUCGCUGUGUGAGCUUUUUCGAGGAGAAGCCUUCUUCUUCCAAUGUCCCUGUGCUUCGAUCCGAGCUCAAUCUAGCUGUGGAGAAAAUUGAGCGACUCAACUCGCUGUCCUCCGUCUACCUGCACAAGUUAAAAACUGUAGACGUGCUGAUGAGAAGCUUACAGGCCGCAGAGAGUCUGGUGAAGAAGUACGAGGGACGAUUGAGCGAGGAGGACAUAGUACCCGCCGAUACCACUGCCAUCCAGGCAUUGAAAGAACAGAUAAGGAAAUGGAAUUCAGAGGUGAAGGAGCAGGACCACAUCUUCCAGUCGCUGAGCUCGGAGGUGCAGCGGGCACGCGAAGCGGGGACCCAGCUCCAUCAGCUGCAUUCUGAGCGCAGUCCUGAGCUGGAGCGCUAUCAGGAGAAAGCUCAGCAACUCACCGAGAGAUGGAACGGCGUAUGCAGGCAAAUGGAGACACGGCAAACUGAUCUGGAGAUGAUAGGCUCAGUGCUCCAGCAGUAUAGGGAUGGUCACUCUGGUCUUAUACGUUGGAUCGAGGAGACAACCGAGAAACAGGAAAACACUCAACCCAAGCAGACUGACAGUAAAGCCCUGUCUGAGCAGCUCGCCCAGCAGACGGCUUUGGUGGCUGAGAUUGAACAGAACCAAGGAAAACUGGACGAGUGCCAGACCUACUCUAAACACUAUUGCACUGCUGUCAAAGACUAUGAACUGCAGCUGAUGACAUUUAGAGCCUUCGUGGAAUCGACUCAGAAGUCUCCAGUGAAAAGGAGGAGGAUGCAUUCUUCAUCAGACGCCAUAACACAAGAGUUUAUGGAUCUUCGCACUCGGUACACAGCUCUAGUGACGCUGACAACGCAACAUGUCAAGUACAUCAGUGAUGCGCUGCGGAGACUUGAAGAAGAAGAGAAACAAGUUGAGGAGGAGAGACAAGCCAGAGUGGGUCAGGUCUCAGAUCUGCUCGGUUGGGUUAAGGGCCUUCAGGAGAGAGCUGCUGGACCAGCUCAGACAUCGCUUGCUGCACAGCAGGCAAUCAGUGAGCAGUUAGCCUCGAAAAAAGAAGAAGUUGCUGAAGCAAUCAGAAGCUCAGAAGUCUUCCUCCGUUCCAAACAAGCCAGCAAAUUGUCCCCUGAAGAGCGUGCUCAAGUUACAUCACAGCUGGAUGAGCUGAAAUCCACCUACAGUGAGCUGUGCGACCAUUCCGCAUCUCAGCUUCUACAGCUGGAACAACAGCUGGCCAAAGAGGAGAAACGAAAGGGACGAGAGACCAUCGCUGGAGUAAUUGAUCUUGGUACUGUGGAAACCUUCCCAGUUUUCCAGGCAGCACAGAGAGGACUUAUUGACCAAGACACGUGCUAUGUGCUGCUGGAGGCACAGCUUGUUAGGGGUGGUCUAUUGCGUCCUGAUUCCGCUCAGGGUCUUUCUUUAGAAGAAAGUUUAACCUCUGGUCUGAUUGACAGCCGUAUCCACCAGUCACUAUCAGGAAUAGAAUCUGCCCUCCAUCUUGUCCAAGGUUCACCAUUUAUGAAGAGCCACAUGAUACCAGUUGCUGCCGCUAUUGAAGCAGGCUACAUAACAGAACAAAUUGGGUUUCGUAUCUUGGAGCUGCAGGUGAGCACAGGAGGCUUUUGGGAUGACACCAGAGAUGAAAUCCUUAGUCUUGAAACUGCUAAAGACAAAGGUCUCAUCUCUGCGAAGGUUUACAAUAAGUUACAAGAUCGUUUUGAUAGGCAAGAACUUAUUGAUCCUAAUACAGCAGAAAAACUCAGUCUGUCUGAGUUUUAUCAGCGAUGUAUUUUAAAUCAGGAGACUGGUCUGCGUCUUCUGCCAGUCAAUCAGCAGUCAAGGGGAACAAUCUGCUUACGAUCUGGUAUAAAGGUAGGCAUUUUCCGGGCAGUCCAAGAGGGUCUGAUUGACCGGCAAGUCACUAUUAGACUUCUGGAGGCUCAGCUGUUUGCAGGUGGCAUCACUGAUCCACGCACUGGUCACCGACUGACAGUAGAUGAAGCUGUGAGGCAUGGCCUUAUGGACCAAGACCUGGCCUGUUCCCUGCUGAGUCACCAGUUACAAUCGGGUGGACUUAUUGACCCAGUCAGUGGAGAACGCUUGGAAUUAGAUGAAGCUAUCCAAAGAAACCUUCUGUCUCCUCGCAUGGCUUUAAGGGUUCUGGAAUCUCUUUGGGCUUUUACCGGCAUCUUAUGGCCACAGUCAGGGGAGCUGCUUCCUGUCACUGAAGCUCUUCAGCAGGGUGUAAUUUCAGGUGACCUAGCUCGGAAAAUCCUAAACAAGCGACAUUCUAUUGGUGCAAUUUACUCCCCAGAAAGUGGUCAGCUGAUUCCUCUGGGACACGCUGAGGAUGUUUUAGCAUCAGAAGCAGCCGAGGUUCUUCAGCAGACAAAGAUUCCUGACAUUCUGCCUGCCGUGAAUCAAACAGGGUGCAUUCAACGCUGGGGUUCUUCCUUCUCAUCACCACUGUCCUACUCUGCCCCUGCCUUACUCUCACACCUUCAACCUGAUGCUUCCUUUUUGGAGGCAUCCAGGCCCCAGGAGCAAGCUCUCCACCAUCUCCUCUCUUACCUUAUGACAAACAGUUAUAUAAAUGCACACUCAGGAGAGCGUCUGGUCCUGCUGGAACCUGAACUGAUGGAGCUCAUUAGUGUAAUUGGAACAACAAAAGAUCAAAACUGGCAUAAACCACAGCUGAAAGAGCCCUCUGACAGAGAGGCAGCAGGAGAACCCAAGUUUAUGGGGUCAUUACGUGAAAGAAAACAAGAAAAUAUUGAAAUUCUAAAGAAAAGCUCAACUUUUAAUAUCCGUAGAGAAGAAGUCCAAGAAAAGCACAUUGUUUUAGAAGAGGAUGGAACAGAUAAAACAGAAAAUAUUCAGAAGACCACACAUAAGAAUUCUGCGCAAACAGUUGCAGGCAAACCCCCUGACAGAACAUUAGUAAAGUACUUGAGCACAGACUCCACUGUAUCAGAGACAGAACUUAAGACAUCACCCUUGUUUGUAAAAGAGAAGGACAUUUUGUCUAGUGAUGCCACAUUUCAAUCACUGAGCCCAGAAGUGGAAAACAGAAGUAAGGGAGAAUCAUUCCUACAACUGACAGAACUGACAGGCUCUUGGGUUGAGUUUGAGAUGCCUAACUCAGCGUCGCAUAAGAAUACGCAUAAUGAAAAUAAAGUAGAAUGUGCACCAUCUUUAAAUAAGUUGUUAGACACAAAGAGAGCAUUCACUGCUGUUGAAACCACAACUAAAGAUACUGUAGAAGCAGGUCAACCUGAUGAGCGUCACAAAAAUGUCACAGAAGGCAUGCAAGUUAGUAAAAUUAAAGCGUCUGAUGUAAGUAAGCAAAUCUCAGCUCAAACAGAUAACAACAAAGAUAUGGAAAAUGCAGAUUCAUUAAAAAUCCAAAAGAUCACAUCUGUGGACAUUUCUGAAAAUGCUGAACUUGAUCGCAUGUCAAAGGAGUUGCUGCAGGGGGGUCUUUUGACUGCUGGGACCCAGAAGUUGUUCCUUAAUAAGGCUGUAUACGAGAAUCUGCUCCCAGAUCAUGCUGCUUUGAAAGUAAUGUCUAAAGCAGAGCUUUUUGGUGGUUUCCUGGAUAUGCAUAGCUGUCAACCACUGAGCCUCGAAGAUGUUAUACAGAAAGGUCUUUUGAAUAAAAAUUUAAUGACCAAGGUUUUCCAGUCAGAAAAAUCCCUGGCUGGUGUGUUUGAUGUAGAGCAUGGUCGAAUAUGCUCACUACGUGAAGCUGCUAAAGAAGGACUUUUAGAUACAGAUACAGCAUCUCACCUUCUUGAGGGCCAGAUCGUGUCUGGCGGAGUCGUUGAUCUUGAAAAAGGCAAAAAAGUUUCAGUCAACCUUGCAGCCAAGCUUGGGCUAAUAGAGGAAGAGCAAAAAGAUGAUCUGCUUUUAUUGGAGAAGUCAUAUCAUGGAAAGAGUUCUGAUCCAGAUGUAGUACAAAAAAAGUUGAAAUUGCAACUACAGAUGAAUGGAAUAAUAGAUCCUGAAACAAAGCAGCCUGUACCAAUUCAACAAGCUAUUCAGAAAGGCCUUAUUGGUCAAGAAGAAGCAGAGCAGAUUCUAUUGCAACAGGUAGCUGAAGGUGGAAUUUUGCACCAUGAGUCUGGAGUUCGCCUCAAUGUUAUGGAUGCAGUACAUCAAAGCCUAAUUGACAGUUCACUUGCUCCAAAACUCGAACAGUUUGAGAAGUCAAGACAAAACCAGUUUAGUUCAGAUCCAAAUGCUGCUUCUCUUCAGGCAGCUGUAGGCUUCAUUUAUAAUAGUGCCUCAAAGAGCAACCUUUCAUUGACCGAAGCGGUUUCCUGUAGUGUGAUUGAUCAAGGCACUGCAAAUGAAGCUAUGGAGUCUCCAGUUGUAAAAAGUGGUGUUUUGGAUCCUCAAAAUGCUCGUGUCGUACCAUAUUCAGAGCUAACCAAACAAGGAAAGAUUGACAUUGAGACAGGUUGGCGAUUCCUUGAAGUAAGACCAUUUAGAGGCAUUCCAAACAAAGAAAAUGACCUGAUGACUGUACAAGAAGCAAUGAAGGCUGGUCAGGUUGAUUCCAUUCCUGCACUCAGAUUAUUACAGAGUCAGGCAGAUUCUGGAGGCAUCAUUGAUAUUUCAAAUGGAGAAAAGCUGUCUCUUAUGGAUGCUGUUGACAAUAGCCUUGUUCCAAAAGAUGUUGCAAUGGUUAUCGCUAAAAAUCAAAUUUUAAAAGGUGGCUUGGUUAGCCCCGUCAGUGGUCUGAGGGUGUCAAGUCUUACGGAGGCUGUCCAGGAUGGGCUAAUCUCUAAAGAUAUGGCUGCAGAACUUUGUGAUUUCUUUGGACUUGCGGAUCCUCUUGCGUCCCAAAGUGUUUCAUAUCAAGACAGUCCUACAGUAAGAAGUUGUAAAAACAUAGAAGAGAACACAUUGCAUUUUGCCAACGUCAGAUCUACAGAUCAUUAUAAAGAUAAAUUGGAGGCCAUUUCAGACGAACCGCUGCAACUUCUUCAACAUUAUCCAUCAUCUGAAUUGGUGGAAGAAAUUCACGUGGAUGUUGCGUCAAGUGGAGUUGAAAAAGAUGAUAAUGUCUCAUUUGAGGGUUCAAGUCAGUUUACUGUAAAAGCAGAAGAAAGGCUACAGGAGGCUAUUGCAGAAAGUAGUCCUGUACAACAUAGAACUAUGGCACCCCAGGAAGAAUCAAGACACAAACCUGUUCCAGUUUCACAAAUAUCAACGAUUUACUCUGCACCCGGAAAAAGCCAUGACAUUGUUCUCCAAACCACCAAGCCAGAUGUUCAAAUACAGCCAACAGUUGAAUUAGACACUAAAAUAAACAUGAACCUGGGAAACUAUGAAAAAAAUUACUUCAGCGUUGUACAAGAACCCACACAUAAGCUGCAUGAUGAGCAACCUCCAUCUAUCAUAGAAAUUCCCAAGGCAGCAGAACUGCAUUCAGUGUGUGAUAUAAAGACAAUCUUUAAAAGUGAAGAGAGCACUGACAGUAGACAUGACACACCUGUAUCAACACUUACUGAUGGACAAAAGAUCCCUGGAAAAAAGAGAGGAAAAGGAAAACAUAAAAAGCAAACCAAAAUAUGUCCAGAAACUGAGAAAAGAUCAGAGGUAGAAUUACUAGAUGUAAGUGUGACAACUCAGUUCCAGGGUACUGAGGACAAAAAAGGAAUAAAAAUGUACUCAGAUGAAAAAUCUGGUAAACCCAGUGAGACAGCUGACCAACAGGAUGGGAUGGUGAUUGAAAUGAGAAGAUCUCCAGUGGUCAUUGCAUCAUCAUCUGUAGACACCAUUGCAAAACAGCCUGGAAAUGAAGUUCUAAAUAUUGAACGAAGAAAGCUCAUAGUAGAUGCAGAAGUUAUUGUGGCUACACCUACAGAGGAUGCUAAUGGCUGCAGCGUGAUAGAUGAAAGCAUUGUUCAAACACCUGAGCACUGUUCAGAAACCUGUGAUGUAAAUAGAGCUCAUUCUGUCUCUGGUGCUGAGACUAAGACAGUAAAAUCUGAUAUUUCCAUUGAUCAAACAUAUUCUGUACUCAAAGAGGUCACAGAGUCCAAAUAUGGAACUGAAGCUGUAGUCACUGAUCAAAAAUAUAUCGAUGUGGACAUGAAAAAAGAGGCUGACAUUGAUUUGAGUGUAACAUCACCUGUAGAGAUGACUGACAACAAAUUUAAAAUAGAUGCCAUAACAGUUCAAAAAUCAAAAGCUACGUACAUUAAGAAAGAGGGCAAAAGAGAUUUGGAGGUUGAAAGAGUGACUCUUGUAGAGGUCACUGAGGAGAAGUUUAGAAAAGAAGCUGUUGAUCAAAAACUUGCUGAAGAUGUGAAGGUGGAUUUGGAGGUUCCUUCAUGUAGGAGUGUGACUUCAAGUAUAGAGAGUCCUGAGAAUGAAUUUGGAAAGGAAGUUGUAGAGACCGACCAGAAACCUGAAGAUGUGUCAGUGGAGAGAAAGGUGAAAGCAGAUUUGGACGUUGUAAAAGAUGUGACAGAGGUUUCUCUUGAGGAGGAUAUUGAGGAAAAAUCUGUGACAGACAUGAUUAGCAUUGAGCCGAAAUGUGUUGUGGAUGUGAAAGAACUCAUAAAGGUCAAGAAGGAUGAGGACAUUUUAAAGCCUAUUUAUAUGGAUGUGAUUUCACCUGUCGAAGGCAUGGAAACCAAGUUUGGCAAGGACAGUGUAGUCACUGGACAGGAAUCUGUAGACAAGAAUAUGAACAGAGAGACCAAAGUCGAUUUGAAAGAUGUUAAAGGUGUCAUAGAUACAGAGGGCAUGUCCAGAGAAGACACUGGUGAUCAAGAACAUGUGGAAGAACAAAUAGAGUUUAAAAUUGAUUUGGAAGUUCAGAAAUCUCCAGGUAUAAGCCUAACUUCACCUACAGAGGGUGCAAAGAAGUUUGAAAAUGUUGUAGCCACUGAUGUAAUCAAAGAUAAAAACUUUAGAGAUUUGGAAAUUAUAAAAGCAUCAGAGCAAGUGGAAAACAGAAUUACGAAAGAAUAUGUUGACAUGAAUCAAAAAUUCAUUGCUGAAGAUGUGAAAAUAGAGAGACUUGUCAGAGCAGAGAUGUCAGGACAAUCAGAUACAAGUGAUAGCAAUGAGUCUAUUCCAGAAAGUCUACACCAGAGAAUAGAGUCUGUGAAGAGUGUAGAAGUGAUGCAAGAGAGACAGCAUGUGGAAAAUGUAAGCCUGGGCGCUGAACCUUCAGAACAUGACCCAGCUAGCUUGGUGGAUGCUGACAGAAACACAAAAGGUGAAUUACAGAGUCAAAUGCAAUCCGCAGUCAUAAAUGAAAUAUCAGAAACACCGGCGGACCAUGAAAUAGAUCUUGCUGAGGAUCAAGUUUCAGAUCAGUCAGACAAAAAGAGGAAGAAGAAAAGAAAAAACAAAAAGACCAAGAUGGUAAAUACUGAUAAGGAAUCCGAGGAGAGCAAAGUUGUUGAGCCAGUGCAAAGAUCCCCAGUUGACGUCCCAUCUCAAAGUCAGACAGUCAGUGCAGUAAAAAGAGAUGGACUGGAACAAUCUCAGAAACUUAACCAGGCACAGCUGGAGAAAGAAGCACUCCUGUUGAAAGCCAAAGAAAGCAUUCUUAGGAAAGUCUUUGAGAGGGGUGUCAGUGAGAAACAGGCCGCUGAAGAAUUAGAAGCAUUGCGCCAAGGGUCAGCUAAAGAACGGCAUGUGACAGCUCAGGAGAAAGCCAAGAUCGAGGAGAAAAGCACUGCACUCGAUACUGAUGCAAUACAUCAGACAAAGCAGAUAGACAAAAAUAAAAACCUGCUGCCAGGAGAUGUUUUAACUGCAACAGACUCUACACAAACUCAUUUCGGUGAGACAGACCAGACUAAGGAUAGCGUUAACAAAAAGCAGGACAUUAGUCGUACUGCGAGCUCAGAUUUUGUCUUGGACCCCAGUAUGCAAAUAUUGAAGCCCACUAUUGGUUUAGACAGGCAAGUUUGUGAGACAAGAACAAAAGAAAGUGAAACUUUGAAAAGCGAGACGCUAGGAGACUCUGCCGUCCCCAAGGAGCCACAUAUCACUUUUACUGAGGAAGACAAAGACCACCAGAAAUCUGUGCCUGCUGUAACUUUAGGUAACAGUUCAGAGGCAGUACCACAAACUGAUACAUGUGUACAAACCUUUGAAACAGAGCUAAAGGAUACACACAGCAAGGUACCACUGCAAGCUAUGUCUAAGGAAUACUCGUAUACUGACAAUAAAUUCAGAGACGCAUCAUCCAUCCACUCUGAAGAGUCAAAAGCGUCUAAUUUAGAAGAGGUCCCCGAGUCGGACACUACAGAGUGCUGGAAAGAGGAGGACUUUGAAGAAUAUCAGGAGGGUGCUGAUGUAAAACAGGCUAAAGACCUAAGCAAAGAACCGAGGACAACGCCACAGACAGGCAAGUCCUCUCUGAUCCGUCAAGAAUGCCUAGAACAUGAUCAACAAAUUGUAGCACUGCUCUCCAUGGUGAGACACAUUGAAGUCCGUCUUAAGCAACAGCAGCAGCAGUCCAUGGGGAAGAGUCUUGCUACCCUUGAUGAUGUCAUUAAACAGACAGAGUCUCUUGCUCUAGAGCUCACUGAUUUGGAGCCCCGAGUAAACAAAGAGCUUGAAGCAGCCAAGCAACUCCUGGAGUCUCACAGUGAUGAUAUCCCACCCCAAUUAGUCAUGGCCCUGGAGAAGGACCAGCGGAGUUUGUCCCGUACAUUUAACGCUGCGAGAAAUCUUGCUGAGAGUGCUCUGCAAGGGAUGCAAUCACAUCGUGAUGCACAGAGGGAGGCAGUAAGUAGUGAGUUGGAGUCUCUGACUGGACGAGUGGACCGUCUUCUUGACUGGCUUAAUGACAAAGAAGCUCAGAUGGAGCAGGAAGCAGCUGCAUCUGAGGAUGGAAAGGUUAAAGAGAAUGACAGAAGAACAUUAAUGUGGCUCAAUCAAAAACAACAACAAGUCAAGGAUCUGCAGGAGUGUCUCACAACUCGGUCCAGUGAUGUAAACGCUGUGGCUUUUGACAUCCAGGUGUUUAUCUCGGAGCAUGCGCAGGAUCUGGCACCUGAGCAAAGCAGGCAUCUGCUGAGACAACUUCAGCAGCUUCAGAGUGCCUUUCACCAGGCCACGGGCCGCACCCACGCCAGGGCCGAGGCCCUCUCUGUGCAACGAGUCAGGGAAGAGGAGCAAGUGCAAAAGGAACGAGAGCGGGAACAGGAGGAAAGAGAGAGAGAGAAAGAGAGGCAGAUCGCUAGGGAGAGAGAGGCAGUGCAGCAGCAGAAAGCGGAGUGCUCACAGAAGCUGGAAGGCCUCAGUAUGUGGUUGGCCGGGGCAGCGAGUCUGCUGGCCAGUCAGAGAACCGGAGCUGAUUCAGACAAUGUGAAUGUACUUCAACAAAAGCACACUGAGCUCAAGGAGGUGCAGAAAGAUCUUCAGGCCAAAGGUGACGACAUGAUGGAGACGAUUCAGUCAGUGGAAGCGUUCCUGGCUGAGCGUGGUGAGGAUCUAAGUCCAGAGGAAAGGGCUAAACUCCAAGCAGCACUGGCACAAAUGAAAGAGCAAUACCACACCCUCACAGACACGGCUAAGUCCUCACUAGCCCAGCUGGACUCUACCAUCAACACAACCCUCCAGCAAAACACACAAAGGGCUAAAGCGGAGGAGCAGCUGCAGGAGACUCAGGGAAAAAUAGACGUGCUGCUUAAGGAGUUAUCAUCACUGGACGCCUCUAAGGUGAAGUCGUUUGAUGAAAGUGUUCCAGAUUCCAUUGUGCCAGCAGGGUCACUGAACUCACACAGUGACUUACUUAAGGCUGAAUUGCAGCAGUUACAAGCUCAGCAGGCUCACCUCCUCCAAGUGGCCCAGUCCACACGCUCUCUCCUGGAGCAGCCAGACUCCAGCGUGCCCCCGGAGGAGAAGCAGCGUCUGCGCGCCAGACUGGACCACCUCCAGAGCCAGCACCAAGAACGUUUACAGAGCUGCCAGGAGAGAUUAAGGCGAACUGAAGCGCUACAAGAUGACCUCUCCAAGUUCAUGGAGGAACAUAGCAACCUAGGAGCAUGGCUAGAGCAGAGUGAAAAAGGCCUGUGUUCCCUAAGAGAAGGGGAAGCUGAUGCACAGGGACUAAAAGACAGGCUGGAGGAGCACAAAAAGCUGGCAGAUGACGUGAUCUGCCACAAGGCAGAUUUGCGGUUCGUAUCGAUUUCUGGACAGAAGGUUCUGGAUUCGAUACAUGGCGCUCAGGAAAGGGCGGGCGUUAUUGAGCCAGCACUACAGGAUACAAGGCAGCUUGUCAGUGAUAAACUACAAGAUGCACAACAACGCUACAGUUCUCUACAAAACAAGUCUGUCGAUCUUGGUACCCAUUUGUCCACUCUACUGGAUCGGUACCAGCAGUACCAGGAUGAGGCUACAGCUCUGGAUUCUUGGCUCAGUGCUCAAGAACAAAACCAGAGCAUACUAAAACCCAGUGGAGAACAGUCAGAUACACAGACACUACAAAAUACACUCAAUACUGUACAGCAUCUGCAGGAUGAGCUCGCUGAGCGCUCGGUGCAAUUGGAGAAGGUAAAGAAAGCUGAGAAAGAUCUCACCAGCUCCCAGGACUCUCCCAAACUCAAAACCACAGAUAUCAACAUCACCACAGAUGCACUUGAGAAGCGGUUUGGAACGCUGUCAGAGUCGGUGUCUCAGAGAGCUGAGCAACUCCAGACUGCUGUAGCUCAGUCUGUCAGUGUUCAGGAGGGACUCAAUGCACUGCUUUCCUGGCUGGAUGGUCUAGCAUUAGAUCCUGGACCAGUCCAACCUACUGCCCAGGCAGUACAGGAGGCCCUCACCCAAAAUCAGAAACUGCGUCAAGAAUUAUUGUCACGACAGGGCAGCGUGGAGGCCACUCGUGACUGUGUGUCCAAGCUCCUGAAAUCGGCAGAUGCAUCAACAGUCUCUGGUCUGCAGGGGGCACUGCAGGACCUGAGUCAGCGCUACACCGCAGCCCAGACCAAACAGGCCGAAAGAGAAGCCGAACUGCGGGUAGUGCUGCCCAAGCUGGAGGGCUUCGAGCGCCUGAGCUCGGACCUUCGAGACUUCACCCAGAGCCGCGAGAGAGUUUUGAGCCUCGGGGGCCUGCCGGACCACAGCGUUGAGGAUUAUAAACACACCAUAGAGGAAGUAAAAUCAGAUCUUGUCCAAGAAACUAGUCAGCUGAAGUCAUUUGUGGAGCUUGGUACAGAACUGAGCAAGUCGAGGCUAUUUGCCAACGUGCACAGCCUUGUGGACUCAACCAAAGAGGUGUCUGAUGAGUUUGCUCGACUAGAAGCAGGUGUCAAUGAGAGACUGAACGCCAUCCAGAACUGUGACCAGCAGCUGGCAGAGUUCCGCUCUCUUUCCGGGUCCCUCCUCAGGUGGCUGCAGAUGGCACAGGAGCAACUGCCCGCUAAAGAACCCAACCUUAACACAGAGGGCCUGCAGAGGAGAGUGCAGCAGCUCAAGGACCUGCUGAGUGAGUGGGAGUCCCAGGGCAAUCGAGUUCAGGAGCUAAACAAGAGCAGCUCAGAGCUGGAGAGUCUGAUCAUCAGUAUCACCGCUCCUCGAAGCAAAACUGGUGUCCCCACGCUCAAUGGUGCCGGUGGCUCCAGCAGUCUCAAUGGCAUUCACACCUGCAGAGACCUGACUGAGAUCCAGGUGGUGGUGGCAGACGUGAACAGCAAGUAUGAGAAGCUCGGUGGGGAUCUUCAGCAGAGGCAGAGUAGACAGCAGGCGUCUCUGGAGCUGUACCAGAAAGCCAGGCAGGACUCUGCGUCUCUGCACCAGUGGCUCGGCCCACGGGAACAGAGCCUAGCACAGGGGCAGGCUGCCUCGCCCUCACGGCCUGAGGUAGUUCGUGAGCAGGCUCGGGAGAACAAGGCCUUGCUGUCUGAGCUUGCAGAACAUUCUGAUAAAGUGGAGGACCUGAAGAAGACUCUAAAGCAACUGAUAAAAGAAAACCCAGACUCCCCCGAAGCAGAGACUUGGAAACAACAGCUAAAAGAUAUCGAAUCUCGAUGGGAGAAAGCCAAUCAGGCUGCAACACAGAGACAGACAGAACUGGAGACGUGCGCAGACAGACUGGGCAACUUUGCAUCAGCAGCCAAUCAGCUCGGCCCCUGGCUGCGGGAGAAAGAGCUGAUGAUGAGUGUGCUCGGGCCCCUGAGCAUCGAUCCUAAGAUGCUCAACACUCAGAAGCAACAAGUGCAGAUUAUGCUGCGUGAAUUUGAGACACGGCGUGCUCAGUUUGACCAGCUGACCCAGGCAGCAGAGGGUAUCCUGUCACCCGUUGAAGAGCAGAAAUCUGGGGACAGCCAGGAUGUAGCUGAGGUGAAGCAGGAGCUGGGCUCCAUCACCCAGCAGUGGGAGGACCUGACAUCUCGUCUGUCUGGGCGAUCGGAUCAGAUCGAGCGUGCUCAGGGUACCAGCGAAGGCUUCCAGGCUUUGCUCAAGGAGCUCUCUCAAAGUUUGUCUCAUUUGGCUGAGAAGCUGGAUGGCCAGGCCUCGCUUAGUGCCCAGCCUGAAGCCCUGCGCCACAGGCUUAAGGAAACAGGAGAGAUCCGUGCAGAGCUGGAGCAGAGGAGAGGUCAACUGGUCCAGGCUGAGCAGUUGUGUGCAGAACUCAGCGCUAUUGUGGUGGAGCCCUACCUCAGAGAGGAGCUGAAUAAGAGACUAGAGAGUGUUAGUGGACCACUUAACAGCCUGGAGGAAAGAGCAGCCGAUGGCCUGUCUCAGCUACAAGCUGCUCUCUCAAGCACACAGCAGUUCCAGCAAAUGUUUGAGGAGCUUCGUGCUUGGUUAGAUGGCCAGACUGCUGCAGGUACACCUGGCAUGUCUGACCCUCUACCUUGCCAACCUGAAGUUCUCCAAGCCCUCCUUGCCCAACAAGAAGAGCUCCAGCGUGGUGUGGCACAACAGAGAGGGUCAUACGAGCUCAUUCAGGCUGAGGGAGCAUCUAUCCUGGCAUCACUUCCUGCUGGAGAUGAGCGCUCGGGUCUGCAGGCUCGGCUCAACAAACUGCGCCAGGACUGGGAGGAAGUAAGCCAGCGCUUUACAGAAAAGCAAGCACAUAUCAAAGAGACACUGGGCCGUGCCAUACAGUACAGGCAGCAUCGGGAUGAGCUGGAUCCCUGGCUGAAGGAGUGUGAGCAGAAAGAGGCGGAGAUCCAACCUUCUCUGGAGCCUGCUGCCCUCGAAGAAGCCCUGCAGAAAGCAAGGCAUUUAGGCUUGGACUUGGAUCGCCGACGGCCCCUAGUGGAGGCUCUGAAUUCGGCAGCUGACCAGCUCCUGGAGCAGAGCCGGACUGGAGAGGAGGAGGUGAGGGAUGAGAAAGCCCAGCUGAACCGCCGGCUGGAUGGCCUCUCUGAAAGGUUACAUGGACGCAUGGCUCAGCUGGAGGAGCUGAACAGCAGGCUGAAAGAGUUUGAAGAUGGUAGAAUGGCGGUAGAGAGAAGGCUGGAGGCGACAAAGCAUCAGCUCGAGGUGCAGGAGGCUUUGGGCCCCCAGGCAUGCAGUAACAAGAGUCUGGAGCGCCUGCGCAGCCAGCAGGAGAUUCUCAGCUCCCUUCAGCCACAAGUGGUAUAUCUGCGGGAUCUGGCCAAGGGGCUGGCACAGGAUGCGCCUCAGACAAAAGGGUGCAAUGAAGAUGGAGGGCAGAAGCUGGUGCAACAGGCUCAAGACACAGAGAGGGAGUUUGGAGAAGUGACUGAGAAGAUCGAGCAGUGCUGCGCUUCCCUCGAGUCACGUCUGCAGGGUGUCGGAGAAGUUCAGUCACAUGUCCGUGAUGUCUUCUCACGCCUGGCCGACUUAGACGACGAGCUGGACAGCCUGAGUCCCGUCGGCCGAGAUGUGGACUCCUUGGCCUCACAGGCAGACGCAAUAAGAGGAUUCCUGGGACGUCUGGCUUCCCUGCGGACUGAGCUCGAAGGCCAUGGUGGUGCCUGCACAGCCAUGUUGAGACGAGAGGGUAGCUCCCCUGAUCUCCUCGCCCUCAGGAGGGAGACAGAGGCUCUGAGUCGCCAGGCAGCCAAGCUGGCCGAGCGUGGUCAAGGUCGCCUAGCACUCAUAGAAGAAGCUGAGGGUCGAGUGAAGGAGUUCUACACCCGCCUCGCAGAACUGCAGGGGUUACUGGACCGGGCAGAGGAAGGCCUGAAUGCACAAGGUGUCGUGGGAACUGAAGUGGAGGUCAUCAAGCAACAGCUACAGGAAUUUAAGGCUGUGGAGCGUGAGCAGGUAGACAGCAUCCAGCCCAAACUGCACCAUGUGAAUGCUGUGGGUCAGGGCCUCAUCCAGAGUGCAGCUAAACACACAGACACACAGGCCCUGGAGCAUGACCUGGAAACCACCAACCUGCAGUGGAACUCCCUCAACAAAAGGGUCGCUGAGAGAAUCGCUCAGCUUCAGGAAGCCCUUUUGCAUUGUGGGAAGUUUCAAGAUGCUCUGGAACCUUUGUUAAGCUGGUUACAUGACACAGAGGAGCUGAUAGCCAAUCAGAAGCCACCGUCAGCUGAGUACCGUGUGGUUAAAGCACAAAUUCAAGAACAGAAGCUGCUGCAGCGGUUGCUGGAUGACCGGCGUGGGACUGUAGAGAUGAUCCGGGCUGAAGGCGAACGCAUCGCAGCCACAGCAGAGACGCAAGACAGAGAAAAGAUCCAGAGACAGCUGCGAAGCUUAGGAGAGCGAUGGACGGAUCUGCUGGACAAGGCCAAUGCCAGGCAACGUCAGCUAGAGGAGCUGCAGAUUCUUGCUUUGCAGUUCCAUGAAUCAGUGGAGCCUUUGGGAGAGUGGCUGAGUGCCACCGAGAGACGCUUGAGCUCCGCUGAGCCCAUGGGAACCCAGGCCUCCAAAAUUAGCCAGCAAAUCAGCCGCCAUAAGGCCCUCCAAGAUGAGGUGUUGUCUCGGGAAAAGGAGGUGGACCAUCUAGAGGCACUUGGCCAAACUCUCUCCCCUCUCAGCUGUGCAGCAGACCGUGAUUGGCUCAGUGAGCGUGUGGGCUCAGUCCGCAGCGGGCACACUGAGCUCCUUAAUUGGUGCUCUCGGCGAGCAGCCAUGUUGGAGCAGGCCCUGGCCAAUGCACAGCUGUUUGGGGAGGAGGAGGUGGAGGUGCUGAACUGGCUAGCCGAGGUGGCCCAGCGCCUGGGUGAAGUCUCAGUGCAGAACUACCAGCCCGAGCUGCUGGCAGAGCAGCAUAAGUACACUCUGUCGCUGAAUGAGGAGAUCGUGAGCCGGAAGAAGACAGUGGACCAGGCCAUUAAGAAUGGACAGGCGUUGCUAAAACAGACCACAGGUGAAGAAGUGCUGCUCAUCCAGGAGAAGCUGGACGGAAUAAAGAGCCGAUAUGCAGAGAUGACAGCAGGCAGCAGCAAGGCCCUUCGUAACCUGGAGCAGGCCCUGCAGCUCGCCACCCGAUUCGCUAGCGCCCAUGAGGACCUCAACCAAUGGCUCGAUUCUGUCGAGGCAGAGCUUAACAACAUGGAGUCAGACACAACACCCGCCUAUCAAGAGAGACAGAAGGACCUCAAGUGCGUGUCGGCUGAGAAGCGGCUUAUUCUGGACACGGUUAACGAGGUGGGCAGCGCGCUGCUGGAUCUGGUGCCCUGGCGAGCACGUGAGGGUCUGGACCGUCUAGUGGCUGACGCCAACCAACGCUACAGACAGGCCGACGAGACCAUUACGCAAAGAGUGCAGUUAGUGCAGGCGGCCAUCCAGAGGUCACAGCAGUAUGAGGAGGCUGUGGAUGCGGAACUGGCCUGGGUGGGGGAGACGGAGAGGAAGCUGGCCUCCCUGGGGCCUCUGAGUCUGGAACCUGACGUGACGGUGGCUCAGCUCCAAGUCCAGAGAGCCUUCAACAUCGACAUCAUCCGCCACAAGGACACAGUGGACCAGCUCCUGCACACACGAGAGGAUAUCCUGGAGAGCUGCAGUGAGCAGCAGAGAGAGGCACUGAAGGUAAAGACGGAUUCGCUGAGUACUCGAUAUGAGGCAGUAAGUCAGAAUCAUGCCGAAAGGUUCUCAGCGCUUGAACAGGCUCAGGUGCUGGUGGCCCGCUUCUGGGAGACAUACGAGGAGCUGGACCCCUGGCUGGGUGAGACAGAGACCCUGAUAACUCAGCUGCCUCCUCCUGCAAUUGACACCGAAGCUCUCCGACAACAGCAGGACCAGAUGAGGCUGUUGAGAGAGUCUAUAGCCGAGCACAAACCCCACAUCGACAAGCUGCUGAAGAUUGGCCCACAGCUGGCUGAGCUAAGUGCCCAGGAGGGGACGGCGCUCAGACAGCGCUACGCCGAGGCCGAACGCCGCUACCUGGCCAUCAAAGAGGACGUCAAAGGACGAGCUGCAGCACUGGAUGAGGCUUUCUCUCAGUCUGCACAGUUCCAUGACAAGAUGGACCCCCUGUUGGAGACGCUUGAGGGAGCAGUGCAGCGCUUACGGCAGCCUCCUCCCGUGGCAGCCGAGGUGGAGAAGAUCCGUGAACAGCUAGCAGAGCACCGAACCGCCGGACUGGAGCUGGACAAGCUGCUGCCCUCCUUCAGUGCCCUAUGUUCCCGUGGCGAAGAGCUCAUCACCCGUGCAUCACAUGACGAUCCUGCUGCUCAGGCGGUGCGCUCUCGGCUCCUGAGACUCCGCUCCCUGUGGGAUGAGAUCAGGCAGAGGGCAGAGGAACGGGAGGGAAAACUGCAGGAUGUUCAGGACUUAGCCGGAAAGUUCUGGGCUGACAUGGCUGCCCUGCUGAGCACGCUGCGUGACUCUCAGGAGAUCGUGAAAGAGCUGGAGGACCCUGGAGUGGAUCCAUCACUGAUCAAACAGCAGAUAGAGGCAGCAGAAGCCAUUAAAGCAGAGACAGACGGCUUGAGGGAGGAGCUGGAGAUUGUUCGCACACUGGGAGCUGACCUCAUCUUUGCUUGUGGAGAAACUGAGAAACCAGAGGUCAAAAAGACCAUCGAUGAGAUGAAUGCUGCUUGGGAAGGCUUGAACCGCACAUGGAGAGAGAGGAUGGAGAAACUGGAGGAGGCUAUGACAGCCUCUGUGCAGUACCAGGAUGCUCUGCAGGGUAUGUUCGACUACCUAGACAACGCUGUCAUCAAGCUGUGCGACAUGCAAACUGUAGGAACUGACCUCAGCACCGUCAAACAACAGAUAGAGGAGCUCAAGCAAUUCAAGGUUGAAGUCUACCAACAGCAGAUAGACAUGGAGAAGCUGUGCCACCAGGGGGAGCUCCUGCUUAAAAAGGUUUCUGAUCAAGCAGACAGAGACAUGAUCCAGGAACCUUUGACGGAGCUCAGGCACCUGUGGGAAAAUCUGGGAGACAAGAUUACUAUCAGACAGCACAAACUAGAAGGAGCUCUUUUAGCCCUGGGUCAGUUUCAGCAUGCUCUCUCUGAGCUGCAGUCCUGGCUCAGCCACACACACGCCACUCUGGACACCCAGAGACCCGUCAGCUCUGACCCCAAAGCAAUCGAGAUCGAACUGGCCAAACACCAUGUGUUGCGCAACGACGUCCUGUCCCAUCGAGCCACGGUGGAGACGGUGAACAGUGCAGGCUCUGAGCUGCUGGAGUCCAGUCCUGGAGAUGAAGCUAGCCACCUGAGAGACCAGCUGGAUGAGCUGAACCGCAGCUGGGACAGCUUACUCCUGAAGACAGAUGAGAGACAGAAGCUACUAGAGACUGCGCUGCAGCAGGCGGAGGGUUUCCAUGGUGAGUUGGAGGAGUUCCUGCAGUGGCUGAGGCGCACAGAGAGUCAGCUAUCGGCAGCCAAACCCACAGGUGGCCUUCCAGAGACGGCCAGGGAGCAGCUGCAGCAGCACAUGGAGCUGCAGGCUCAGUUGACGCAGCGUGGUGAGCAGUAUCACCGACUGCUAGAUCAGGGAGAGGCCAUGCUUUUGGCCAGAGGCGGUGAGGAGGCCAGCCCUGGAACCACCCAAACCCAGCAGAACCUGGCUUUGCUCCAAAACAAGUGGACCAGUCUGAAUGCCAAGAUUGACGACAGGAGGGCUAAGCUGGAGGAAGCUGUAUCACUGGCAACAGGGUUCCAGUCAUCACUGCAGGACACCAUCAACUGGCUGACGCAGGCAGAGCAGACUCUGAAUAUGGCCCAGCCACCUAGCCUCAUCCUUGACACCGUCCUCUUCCAGAUAGACGAGCACAAGGUGUUUGUGAAUGAGGUAAACACGCACAGGGAGCAAGUCCUGGCUCUGGAGAAGGCCGGUUCUCAGCUACGCUUUGCCAGCCUCAAACAGGAUGUGGUGCUCAUCAAGAACCUGCUGCUGAGCGUCCAAGCUCGCUGGGACAAACUGGUGCAGAGGUCUCUGGACAGAGGACGGCACCUGGAUGAGGCCCGCAAAAGAGCCAAACAGUUCCACGAAGCCUGGAGGAAGCUGUCAGAUUGGCUGGAGGAGGCUGAGAAACGACUGGACUCUGAGCUGGAGAUCUCCAAUGAGCCUGAUAAAAUCAAAGUGCAGCUCACCAAGCACAAGGAGUUUCAGAAGGCUCUUGGUUCGAAGCAGCCUGUAUAUGACACCACAGUGCGCUCUGGGAAGGCCAUGAGAGACAAAGCUACACUGCCAGCUGACACACAGAAACUAGACAACCUCCUCGGGGAGGUCCGAGACAAGUGGGACACUGUAUGUGGGAAGAGUGUGGAAAGGCAGCACAAGUUGGAAGAGGCCCUGCUGUUCUCAGGACAGUUUGCAGAGGCUUUGCAGGCUCUUGUGGACUGGUUGUAUCGCGUAGAGCCACAGCUGGCUGAGGAUCAGCCUGUCCAUGGAGACCUGGACCUCGUCUCCAAUCUCAUGGAUUCCCAUAAGGCUUUUCAAAAGGAGUUGGGGAAAAGGACCAGUAACAUCCAGGCACUGAAACGUUCUGCCCGGGACCUCAUGGAGACGGGCCGAGAUGACACCGCCUGGGUCAAAGUCCAGCUGCAGGAGCUCAGUAACCGCUGGGAGACGGUCUGCGCACUGUCUGUCUCUAAACAGACCCGUCUCCAGCAGGCUCUUAAACAGGCUGAGGAGUUCCGCACAGCAGUGCAGAUUUUAUUAGAGUGGCUUUCGGAGGCGGAGCAAACCCUGCGUUUCCGAGGCGUCCUGCCAGAGGAGGUGGAGACCUUGCAGGCCUUGUUACACACGCAUCGGGACUUCAUGCAGACCGUGGAAGAAAAGCGAGUGGAUGUGAAUAAAGCAGCUGGCAUGGGGGAGGCCAUACUGGCAGUGUGCCAUCCUGACUGCAUCACCACCAUCAAACACUGGAUCACCAUCAUUAGGGCACGCUUUGAGGAGGUUUUGACAUGGGCGAAGCAGCAUGAGCAGCGGCUGGAGGCAGCGCUCGCGGAACUGCUCAACAACGCAGCACUGUUGGAAGAACUGUUGUCAUGGCUACAGUGGGCAGAGACGACAUUGGUGCAACGUGACACUGAGCCCCUCCCCCAGGACAUCACUCAGCUUAAAACACUGAUCACGGAACACCAGGUUUUCAUGGAGGAGAUGACGCGUAAACAACCAGAUGUAGAUAAAGUGACGAAAACCUACAAGAGAAAGCCAUCAGACAGUUCUAGCAGUCUCGCUGAGAGACGCGGUGUCCGUAAGCAGCAACAGCAGCAGCAGCAGCAGCAGCCUGCCCUGCAGGUAACCGGAGGAAACCCUCGUCUUAACCAGCUCUGCUCUCGAUGGCAACAGGUCUGGCUCCUGGCCCUGGACCGUCAGCGCAAGCUCCAUGAUGCCCUCGACAGGCUAGAAGAGUUAAAAGAAUUCGCCAACUUCGACUUUGACGUAUGGAGGAAGAAGUACAUGCGCUGGAUGAAUCACAAGAAGUCUCGCGUCAUGGACUUUUUCAGACGUAUUGACAAGGACCAAGAUGGCAAAAUCACCCGGCAGGAAUUUAUCGAUGGCAUCCUGGCUUCAAAAUUCCCCACCAGCAAGCUAGAGAUGACUGCCGUGGCUGAUAUCUUCGACCGUGACGGUGAUGGAUACAUUGAUUACUACGAGUUUGUGGCAGCGCUGCACCCUAAUAAGGAUGCUUACAGACCAACUACGGACGCAGACAAAAUCGAAGAUGAGGUCACCAGACAAGUGGCUCAGUGUAAGUGUGCUAAGAGGUUCCAGGUUGAACAGAUUGGCGAGAACAAGUACAGGUUCUUCCUUGGGAAUCAGUUUGGGGACUCUCAGCAGCUGCGUCUGGUGCGGAUCCUGCGCAGCACCGUCAUGGUUCGAGUGGGAGGUGGCUGGAUGGCGCUGGACGAGUUCCUGGUGAAGAACGACCCUUGCAGAGUGCAACAUCCAGGACUUAAAAUCCUUCGCUCCAACUCCAGCUGCUCCAUAUCAUCUCGUAUAGCACGUGGACGUACCAACCUGGAGCUGCGUGAGAAGUUCAUUCUACCUGAAGGGGCGUCGCAAGGUAUGGCAGCCUUCCGGUCCCGUGGCCGACGCUCCAAGCCCUCAUCGCGUACGGCCUCUCCAACACGCUCCUCGUCCUCGGCUUCGCAGAGCGCACACAGCUGUACCUCGGGGCCUUCCGCCCCUGCCACGCCCACUGCCUCCUCGAGGUCCUCCCAAACUCAAUCGCGGGGCUAUGCCAAGCCCUGGCUGGCACACAGUAAAACUCCAACUCCAACCAAGUGCCAGUCCUGCCCAGAGCACAGCCACACCCCUGGGCAUGAGGGAGGCUCCACGACUAAGCUCAAAAGGCCACCUUUCCAUUCCAGCCGUGGAUCUCUGACGGGCGAAAAUGGUGGAACCACGCCCGCUGCUAAGCCUGCACGCUCUGACAAUAAGCGCACCCCGGCCUCAGCCAGCGGACCCGCCAGCCGCGCAGGCAGCCGCGCCGGGAGCAGAGCCAGCAGCCGCAGGGGCAGCGACGCCUCAGAUGCUUCCGAGCUGAUGGAGACGCGCUCGGCCUGCUCCGACACUUCCGACACACCUCGCCGCACAGGCGCCAAACCCUCGAAGAUCCCUACCAUCUCCAAGAAGACCCCCAGUCCUAAAACACCAACGACUAAGAAGUAGCAGGUGGAGACGAGACAGGGGGGACUGAGCAUUGGAGCAUUGGAGCACAGGAGCACAGGGCACUGAUGUCGAUCCUACACCAUUUCUGUUCGUAGUGCAUGCCACUCAGCCUUCCUGGCCCACCAGCACAGGCAUGUAGGAUUGAUAAGCCUAGAGAACUGGAACAUCUCAAACUACUCCAGUUGUAGAAAAAAAAACAGAAACACCUGGACACCGCUGGACACACUCCAGAACUGCCCCUAUGACAAAACUAACAGUGCUGCCUUAUUUAUGUUACAAUUUUGACUGACUUGUUAGUUUCUUGAACAUGUGACUGAGCUGGAAAGCAAGCACCACGUACGCACACGGACACGUGGAGCGGCAUUACCACUGCACCUGGGAUUUUAUCUCAGCCCCGUCAAUAUGCAAUGGCAGGCCACUCUUUAGCGCCGAGACUGGGAGAUGGUACAGCCACAAUUCCAAUACUGACUCUCACAGGCACACAUUUCUUUAGGAUUUCUGUGAAAAAAAAAAUUAAAAUAAAAAACCUAACAGUGGUUCCCGAUUCUAACCUUUUCUCCACUGUAUGCAAAGCUACUCGUUGUUUAGUAGAUUUUAUCCUGAAAAGACUCUCAAGAACCUCACAAAGUAUUCUGCACCUAGACCAUAUGUGCGUUUGUGUGUUUGUUUGUGAGUGUGUGUUUGUGUGUGUGGUUUGUGUGCUAGUUUCUUUCAUGGUGGACAAAACCGAACAGCAGUUCAAGGAAGCGGUGGGUGAGCGAUUCAUCAUCUCAGCCUCGCUAGUGAGUCAGAAGCUCGGUCAAGUGACCGCAGCUUCCCUCGCCCACUGACGACGCUCGGCAUCCCACGUCCGUAUGUUUAUUUCAACGUCCAACGAACUCCUGAGAGCGCUCGAGUGACUCGUACAGCGGAAUUUCACACGUGCACUGACAAUUUUUUUUUUUUUCUUUUUUUACGCCUGAUGAUAAUAAAGGCAGGCGUCCUCACCUGUGUGUUUGUUUUUAACCAUUAUUAGUUAUCACAUAUCAUCUUACUGAAAUCUUUUAGUUGAUUCACAUUAUGGGGAACCCCUUCAAGAAAUUGUGAAUGUUUUUCAUGGUUUAUUUAUAAUCCUAAUGUAUUUUUGUUUUUGCUUGUUUCAUUUCUAGUGUAAAAAAAAAAUAAUAAUAAUGUGUAUUUAUUUUUCAUUACAGUAUAAUAUCACAUUCUGGGAAACUCUAGUAUUACAUGAUGUCUAAUGAUUUGUUUAUGUUUCUUCAUUUGUUUCUAAUUGAUUUUUCUGAUAAUGGUCAUUACUGAUAUAACGGACCACGAAGCUGACUGAUUUCAAUGGUGGCCUUUUUGCCUCUGGAUCAUUGUAAAAAAAAAAAAAAAAAAUCACUACCCGUUUUGUUGUCGGGAGCUCGUAUAGCAAGUCGGGGAUUUGACCGCACGCCCCAUGAAACGAGCGUUCGCAUAGCCUCGUCUUCGACGAGCCGAAGCGUACGAAUGUCUAACGAAGGUCAAAUCGGAAGGUAAUUUUUAUUUAUUUAUUGUGUCUAAGGGAGGGGAGGGGGGUUAAGGGCUAUGAAACGGAUUCACCUUUUGAGUCUGUGUAACUCUCUCAGUAUGAUGAAGAGAUAAAAGAGCUGGGUGCCAUUGUGUACCAGUGAAAAGUGAAGAUUAUACAUAAAUCCUUUUUUUUUUGUUCUCUUUUGUAUUAAAAUUAUGCUUGCAGUAAAUCGUACUUGCUCUUCUUUAUUAAA